AUGAUUACUCUUACUCCAGUAACAGGUACCUAUUUUGGUAUUUUAGGUGGUUAUUAUUUAUACCUUUCAAUUAAUGUUAUCAAGCAACGUUUAAAGGCUGGAGUUCCAACUGGUGAUGGUACUUUAUCAAUUAUUAGAGAUUAUGCAAGAUCAAAAGGUGAAGCCCCUCUUAAAUUUGAUAAAUAUGAACCAUUAGUUUUAGCUAUUCGUGCCCAUUCAAACUUUUGUGAAUAUGUCCCAAUUGUUGGUGUUUUAUCAAUUAUUAGCGAGCUUCAUGGUGCACCAGCUGGUCUUUUACAUGCUAUUUUAGCCACAUUCACCAUCGGUCGUAUUCUUCACUCAUCAGGUAUUCAAAAGAAAGGUUCACUUGGUUCUGGUCGUAAGAUUGGUGCUAUGUCAACUUUUGGUGUAUUAUUUUUAAGUUCUGCUUCAUGCUUAUAUUUUUCAAAUAAAGAUAUUAUCCAUAGAUUAAUUGGCAGAUAA